AUGACAUUCGCGAGAAUGGGAGAUGUCGCAAAACUUGAUGCUUUUUUUGAAUGGUUAAGUUCAAACCCUAAAGUUAGGGUAGCUUCUAAGAUAAUCAGUCGAUUCACGGAUGACAUUUCUAGCUACGAGUUUGAACACAAAAGGGAGCACGUAGCAACGGGUAUUGACUGUUAUAUGAAGCAAUUUGGUGUUUCCAAGGAACGAGCCGUGGAAGCAAUUGAAACCAUUGUUUCAAAUUCAUGGAAAGACUUGAACCAAGAGCUAAUGAGGCCUCACUCAUGUCCUUUCCCUCUUUUGAUGAGAGUUCUUAACCUUUCUAGGGUCAUUGAUGUAUUCUAUAGGUACCAAGAUGCUUACACCCACCCCAAGUUCUUGAAAGAGCACAUCAAAUCUUUGUUCAUUGAUAAUAUACCCAUUUGA